UUCUUUUUUGACAUGUAUCCUCAUCAAAGUUCUUAUCUUGUCCAGGGUUGUGGCUAAGUCAAGCCUGUUAAGAUAAGAAAAAAACCAUGGCUUUGGCCAUUGCUACGUUCCUCUUCAUUACUCUUCUUUCAACAACAGAAGCUUCAGCUUUUGAUUCAUGUGCAUCUAGUAGUAAUAAUGAAGAACUUUCAGUCAUUCCCAUUUAUGGAAAAUGUUCACCCUUCAACACGCCAAAACCUACUUCUUGGGAAAACACUGUUAUCAACAUGGCCUCAAAAGAUCCACAAAGGCUUUCUUACUUGUCCAGUUUAGUGGCCCAAAAGCCCAAUUCAGCCCCUAUUGCUUCGGGCCAACAAGCGUUCAACAUUGGUAACUAUGUUGUUCGGGCCAAGAUUGGUACCCCGGGCCAGCUCAUGUUUAUGGUCUUGGAUACCAGUAGUGACACUGCAUGGGUGCCAUGCAGUGGCUGCACUGGCUGCUCCUCUACCAUGUUUGCCCCAAACACGUCCUCGACCUAUGGGUCGAUGGAUUGCUCCGUACCCGCAUGUACACAGGUCCGUGGGCAAUCUUGCCCAACCGGUGCACCGGGUGCGUGCUUCUUUAACCAAUCCUAUGGUGGAGCCUCAUCAUUCUAUGCCACGUUGUCUCGCGAUGUUCUUAGACUGGGCACUGAUGUUAUACCGAAUUAUUCCUUUGGAUGCAUCAGUGCUGUGUCUGGGAGCUCAAUCCCGCCUCAAGGGUUAUUGGGCCUGGGGCGGGGCUCCAUGUCACUACUCUCGCAAUCCGCCUCACUCUACUCCGGUGUAUUCUCGUACUGUUUGCCGAGUUUCAAAUCCUAUUAUUUCUCUGGAUCACUCAAACUCGGUCCAUUAGGCCAACCCAAGGGCAUUAGAACCACCCCACUUCUUAAGAACCCACACCGACCAUCUCUGUACUACGUGAACUUGACCGGUAUAAGUGUAGGACGUGUCCUAGUUCCGAUAGCUCCUGAACUCCUAGCCUUUGACCCGAAUACUGGUGCAGGCACCAUAAUUGACUCGGGUACAGUCAUUACCCGAUUUGUCCAGCCAAUUUACAAUGCAAUCAGGGAUGAGUUUAGGAACCAAGUGAAAGGCCCAUUUAGCUCCUUGGGUGCAUUUGACACAUGCUUUGCAUCCACAAUUGAAGCAGUGGCACCACCCAUUACAUUGCACUUCACAGGGAUGGAUUUAGUUCUGCCAAUGGAGAACAGUUUGAUCCACAGUAGUGCAAGUCCUUUGGCAUGUUUGGCAAUGGCAGCAGCACCAACCAAUGUGAACUCUGUAUUGAAUGUUAUAGCCAAUUUGCAGCAGCAGAACCUAAGGAUUUUGUUUGACACUGCUAAUUCUCGUUUGGGAAUUGCUCGUGAACUUUGUAACUAGAUUCGAGUCCUUCCCUCUUACCCGCCCUCAACGAAAAGGAAUGUUACCGUUUGUCAAGUUCAAUUCAACUUGUAUUGUGUUUUUCUAUAUUAAAGCACUUCAUCAAAUGUGAAUUGAUUUUUAUAUUUUCAUUA